CGUGGGCGGUUGGUUGGCUGGCCUGUUUGUUUUCGUCUGCGGAAGCCGUUGGGAGGCCGGUCAGUGCGCGAGCGCGCGUGAGGGAGGAAGGCGGAGCUCUCGCCGCGGAGGCUCCAUGAGCAGGCGCUGCCCACCUGCCUCCUCCGUCCUGAGGGGACUCGUCGGCUCCGCAUUCCUCUGCCUCGCGCGGACUAUGAGCCUGCGAGGAGCUCCGGCCAGCUGCUUGUCGGGGCCCUCGGGCGGCGGGAGCGCCGGAGGAAGCGGCGGCGGCCGUAGUAGUAGUAGUAGUAGCGGCGGAGCCUCCUCCUCCUCCUCGUCGUCGCCUCGGCUGAACCUGCCGUGGCUGCGGCUCCCUGAGGUGCCGGGCGCCGAGCCCUUCCGAGCCAACGACGUGCUGCUGCUGCUGCCGCCGCCCACCGCCGCCGGCCCUUUGCCGGAGCCGCCUCAGCAUCAUGUCGUCUAUUUUCCCGGGGACGUGCAGAACUAUCAUGAAAUUAUGGUUUGCCAUCCAGAAAAUUUCCAGUGGGAACAAUGGUGCUUAGAAAACGUUGCUUCUAUUCUGGGUCGCCGUUUCCCUCAGAGUUACAUUUGGGUUAUAAAAUGUUCCCGUAUGCAUUUGCACAAAUUCAGCUGCUAUGACAAUUUUGUGGCAAGCAAUAUGUUUGGUGCACCUGAACACAGCACUGAUUUUGGAGCCUUCAAACAUCUUCAUGCAUUACUAGUUAAUGCGUUUAAACUUGCUCAAAAUGUUCUUCUGUCUCAGAAAAGCCUGUAUAAUUUCAGCAAGGAUGCAAAGGCCAUUGCUUGUCAAUCACCUACUGUUGCUACUACUAAUGGAUGCCCCGCAACGGAAAGGGGAAGAGACUGUGAAUAUUUCAACAGCUCUGCCAUGAACCUCGUUGAGCCUUCUGUGAUUGGUGAAGCAUCAUUCACUUUAAUAGGGUUCAGUAAAGGUUGUGUUGUCUUGAAUCAAUUACUUCAUGAACUAAAGGAAGCUAAAAAGGAAAAGGACACAAAUGCCUUCAUAAAAAACAUAAGAGCAAUUUACUGGCUCGAUGGUGGCCAUUCUGGAGGAAGCAAUACUUGGGUGACCUACCCUGAUGUGCUGAAAGAUUUUUCAGAGACUGGGAUUUCAGUUAAUGCACAUGUUACACCAUACCAGGUAUUUGAUACAAUGAGGGCAUGGAUUGGAAAAGAGCAUAAGAGAUUUGUGCAAAUUCUGAAGGAGCUUGGUGUAAAUGUAAAUAGCCAGCUUCAUUUUGCUGAUGAAGCACCUUCCUUAGAAAACCACUUCAGAGUUCAUGAAGUAUUCUGACACAGUGAAUAUAUCAAAAUACUCUUGUUAACUGCAAAAAUACAUUUUAAACUUUGACUUGACAGUUUGAGAAUGUGGUUUCUCCUAAGUCCUGGAAAUGCUGUGUGCCCUAAUACUUACUUUUUAAGACCUUCAGUGAAGCCAAUCUUGUCUUGCUUUUGCAACUGAGGAGCAACAACAAAUUCCUGGCUUAAAGAAAUUAUUUUGUUCUGGUUGAAACGAUAAGAUUCCUGAGGAAAAGCCACACCAGUUCAUCUGACUAAUUUUCUGAACAUCAGUUGGAACUAAUGUUUGCUUUACAAGUGUGGAUUUUUGUGAGUAGAGUAUUCAGAUCCGGGCUCAAUAAUUUGCAUCCUAAAAUGUUUUGGAUGGCAUACAUUUAUGAGUGUUGAGUAUUUUUGAAUGAUUAGUCGCUUUUAUUAUUAAAACUAAAGAAUAAAACAACUAAUCAUUCAGAAAUACUCAACACUCAAUUCUAGAACUAAAGAACUAUGAGAUAACAUGGAUUAUGUUGCCAACAUUGGUAUCUAGCCCCUUGGCAUAGCCAUAGCACAAGCAAUGCAGUAAGCUGGUAAUGUUGACAUGAACUGUGUCUAUGGCUAUGCCAAGAGGCUAAAUAUUCAUAACAACUAAGUAUAAAUGAAACUUUGCAUGGGAAAUAAGGUGCAUAAUGACUAUACUGUUGCCUUAGAGGUGCUGUGCAACUUCUAACCAUUGCUGAACAUCUACUAGUGAAUAACCUUUUUUAAGACUUAAGAGUAUUAAACAUCUAUUUUUGUUAAGUGACCAAGAAUGUAUUAUCUUGCUGCUGUUUCAACAUUCCCUAUUAAUAUGAAAGCUUGAUUUAACUUAAUGCAUUUUUGAACUUUUA